GCUCAAGCUGAGCUUCUCAACACAUCCUACAAACACUCCACUACGAAUAGUAGUAAAGAUGAAUCCACCGUCACCGCGGUCGUGAAAAAUCUGGAGCUACCCACAAUCCUAAUCCCAACAUUCAAUGGCGACAUCUGGGACUGGGAUAACUUUUGGGAGCUUUUCAACUUAAACGUACAUUCACAAAAUCUUUCAGAGCUACAAAAAUUCAAUUACCUACUUAACUCCUUAAAAGGGGAACCUCUACAAUCGAUGAAGAAGUUCCAACUCACUAGGCAAAACUACUUAAAAGCCAUAGAAUUCCUCACCAAUAAGUACGGCAAUUCCGAAGAACUCAUUCGCCAGCUCCUCAGAAAGAUGAACAAAAUCACCCUUCACUCGUCGUCCAUACACGAGCAACGCAGCCUACUGGAAGACAUAGAAGCCAUCAUAGGCCAAUUAGUGCAAAAAGGUGAAAAUGUCGACAAUCAGUCCACGUAUCAAAAGGUUCUUUUGAAAUUUCCAGUCGGGACCCAACGUAAAGUUAUUCACAAAAAGAUCACUUCUCCCGACGAAUCUUUCACCAUGCAGCAGCUUCUAAAAUAUUUUGAAGAGGUUAUAACCAGCGAGGAACAGCUGGAAAAAGUGCUCGAUCAUUGGCAAAAUUCAGCAACAAUAAAUAUCAUCUCAUGUGACGAUCGCUUCGAUCGUGGAAACACCAGUACAGCUGAUCCAAGAUGGAAUCCACGAGGAAGUAAUGAUCCGAGUAAUUUAUGUGAACAUGAAAGCAAAAUGACGUCUGGUAAUGUUAAGGGGUGGAAAUUGAAGGAGUGCAGUGCCAAAGUUGACGAAGUGCAAGACGAUCUCGUUCCACGAAUUUUCAUUUAUCAAAUUCUCAAGAUAUCUCUUAUCGCCGCUGUCACUUCGGCUUUUUGGUGUCAAUACUUUCAUGCAGUAAAAACAAAGGCUACAGGACGAAAGACUGUAACGUUGAUGAACAUAUCCCGAAAUGUGUGCGUUCGCAGUAAGGUAAUUAAAGUGCAGUCAGAAAACGGCUUAGAAGGACUUAGUUUAACAGCUGCUCGUACUCUUAGAGCUAACGGGCCGGGAAAGAAUAACAGGAAAAACUCCCCCAUUGUUCAAAUUUUUGGAAUUUGCGACGAAAAUUUUGAUCUUGUCAACCUGGGUGACUCAACUUUGAAGGUGAAUUCUCAGCUCGUCGCAGUAGUUCAGUGCUAA